GGCCGUUUAAUCGGACAGGUGACAAACCAAAACAAGUAUGGCGUCCUUAGAAACGCUCGAAACGAGGCUGUAAUCCGGUAGCACGAUUGUAUGUCAAAUAAAAAUGUGUUAAAAGUUUAAAACAUUUUAAAACAAAACUUUGUUUAUAAAAAAAGUUGGCCUUUUGAAAUAUGGAAAACUAGGAAAAAGGAAUAUUUACUGUCAAUAAAGUUUCGGGGGGAUAAAAAUGAAGGAGCAGACGUACGGUUGGUAUCCUUCCGCCAAGAAUGUGUACGAGGACAGGAGGAUUGACACACUCACACCCUAUCAACUAGAAGCCUUGUACAGGUACCGUGAAAGCAAGUAUUACCAACCUGCGGUGACCCCGCCAGAGGAAAGAACAUCCCGCGGUAAAUCUAGAUCCACAUCUUCCCGUGCAGGUAGCAAGGCAGCAUCAAGACAGUCCGACAAUGAAGCACACUUAAACUUGCAACCAAGAGUGCAAAGCGCACCGAUUUACACGACUUACAAACCGCCGCCAAGAUUAAAUCUUCCUACGCCUCAACAAUGUUGGUCUACGCAUGUACCGGAAACGGAAAUAACAGUGCUACCACCACCAUCCGUUUCCGCUACAAUGCCAAGAGAGACAACUCAAAGAUCAUCUGCAUAUGCGCAGUCUGUUCAAGUUCAGUCACCAACCACUGCCGUAAGCCCUUCAAAUGUACAGAAAAUAGCCCGUAUACAGAGUGCCACAGUACGUAGAGAAACUCCUGCAAAACCACAAAGACCGGUAAAAUCUGCCGGUCCAAUUCGACCAUCACCUAGCCCAGUUCGCCAAAUACCGACACCUCAGUCACAGAGCUAUACUCCUCAACCGUUACAAACAAAUUAUUUCGAAUGCUCAUGGCCGCAACCUACCAGUGCAAUUAACAUCGAUGACAUACCUGCACCAACAAGCGUUCAAAUUUACGAACGGCCACCGUCAGGAAGAAUUUCAGUUUCGCGUACAGCGCCGUCGCCGGCAGAGCCAAAGCGAGCUACACCUACCCAAAGAAAACUUCAAAGUCCAUCCAACAGACCUCCAUCAGGAAAACGGACGCCAUUACGCCCAAUGGCACCGUCUCCGUAUAAAAUGGAUUUACAUCUUGAGGAGGAUGAAUAUUUGGGAAGGAGUGAAACGCCAGAUUAUGAUGAAGAAGUUAAGAGGCACGGAUGGAUGAUGGAAGUUCACGGUGAUCCUCUAAAAAUAAAGAAAGUUUCCCGCCGUUUGCCGUAUACGGUCAAGGUCGACGAACCGGAAACAGAGAGAGACCCGCCAAAAGUUCAUAUGGAAAAUAAUGAGACAUUCUUUUUGAACACGAUUCCUAAAAGACCAUUUACUUUUGCUAUAGAUAAAGAGUGGAUAUCAGAAACAAUACACAAGAAACGCAUGGAAAUGCAGAAGAAACAUGGUUUAAAUUAUCGAUUUAAGAACUUUAGCUUUGUUUACUAGUGUUAGAAUUUCAUGUAAAUAUCUUUUAAAUGCUUUCAUGUAAGGAGCAAAGGAGCAAGAAAACGUGUUCCUAAUGCAAGUUCAUCAGUUCAAAAAUAAUGUGCAUGUAUAUUGACUACAGUGGUCACGUGACGCCAAGGCCUACAUAUACUUUACAUAUCCAUCAAGACAUGCGGAGCCUUUCGCAUCACACUUUCAGUAAAGUGAAUACCAUUUCGUAGACUUUGAAUAAUUGUAAGUGCUGAAUUACAGUCUUUUCGAGAAUGUGUAAAUAUUUACAGGAUCUUUUGCGAUGAUAUCAAUACUAUUCAGCUGUGAAAAAUACUUUACCGUUCUGUAAAGGAGGAUUGAUUACUAUUGACAUUUUUGUGGGUCAUGAACUGGUUAUUUUCGUUAAUUUUUGUCCAAUAAUUCGCCAAGAAAGUGAUAACUCGACAAAAACUUUUCCAUUUAAGGCAGUAUGAUAGUAAUAAGUCUGAAUUGAAAAGAAAUGAAUGUUCUUUUUUUUCUGUAUCAUGGAUACAAGGUAGAGUACCGUAAUGAUAGUCGGUGAUUUCCGUCUAGUUACGAACUCUCGUUCGUUAUGCAAUUCGGCAUUAUUCGGAACGUAAAUGUACCUGAACGCGCACGUGGCUUUCGAUAAAAACAGAGAAUGCCGAAUAGAGAAUAUGUAAUCAGCUGGUUGUCAUUGUGGGCACACUACCUUAAUCUUGACGUAACGUGAAAAUUCUUUUUUCUGCAUCGUCAUGCAUAUUUUUUAUGAUUCUCUAAAUUUUAAGUCUCUGCUUUUUUCACCAUGAAACAUUAUUUUGCUAGAUAUCUACUUUCCUUUUAGAUAAUAUGGAUAAUAUGUGCUUUCUUUAAACAUUUUCUUAGCAGAAAUUCUCGUCAUAUUUAAAUUUAGGCAAUGCUAAAUCAUCUACCCGUAUAUUUGCAGUAAUUUAUAGUUUGUACUUCGGAUUUAUUAUGCAGUUCAUUCAAGUUUACUUAAACGUUUCUGGUUAUGUAAUUUUACAAGAAAAACCAUCAGGUGUUAUGUACCAUUAUUUGCUUUAAAAAUCAAACCAAAAUUUUUAGGAAGGAUAAAGUAUACUUAAAGGAUUAAUUUCAUUGAGAUCUAGUUUGUAUACGGCCUUGAUUUUACUGAAUUUAGUUUAAAUUUUAGGUAUACAUUCUAAACCAUCUCUCUUUAAAAACUAUCAUUUAGAGGUUAAGAAUGAAGCUAGCCUUUGAAUAUAGUAAAAUGUGAAAAACUUCAUUUUCAUUUGCAUUUUUUUCGAGAGGAAAAAUGAAUUUUUCAAGAACUAUGAAAUGGGUCUGCCAAUAACAAAAUGUUAAAGUUUCGGAAAUUUAAUGUUUGAAUAUUAAAAUGGAAACAAAAACCUACAUAAAUUUCAUUAAAAAAAAACUGUACAGAAAGAGGAUUUAUAAAUGGCUAUGUGAAAACAAUGGUUACAGAGACUGUCGAUCCAACCUAUGAUUGGCGGAUUGGAAAAAUGUUUAUAAAAAAAAAGCUUAUGUAUGCUAGUGUUUCAUUUUCAGCUCUGCAUUAUAACACUGAUUUAUGUACAUACCUUUUUUUAAUUAUGUGAUAUUAUUUCAUGAAGUUUAUAUAUACCCUGUGUGAUAGCAUUCAUAUAUCAGAACAUUACAUUGCUUUUUAUGCAGUUCUUUGAUAUUUAUUUAAAUUAUGGCUUUUUAAAAUGUUUAAAGUUAUACUACACCCAGUAUACUAAUGUCAAAUAUGAAAAUAUGCUUUGUUAUAUGCAUAGUUUAAGAAAAUAUAAAAUUAACAAGUAUAUGUUUAUUAACAGUAUUAAACAUUAAGUUUUAGAGAGUACACACUUUAUACUCAUUUAACUAAACACAACAUAAAUGUAUACUAAUGCUUUGAAGACUGGAAGUUUUUUAAACAAAUAUUUGUUGCUGCAUGAUAUUUAAUUAUGAAUAUACAAGUAAUUUACAUAUUUAGUAAAUUUAAAUACAUUUGUUGAGUAUUUUCUGUAUUUGAAGGAAAAUAUCUAAAGAUAAAAUAUUUUGGUGAACGAUGAGCACGGGAUGGCUUUAAAUAAAACACAUAGUGUAACUUAAGUAAGAGUUAAAUUUUGUGUCAAUUUCAGUGAUUUGAAUUUAUAAUUACUUCAGUAUAGUACUGAAAUAGAUUAUAAACAUCCACAAUAAUUUAACGAAAAGUCUAAUAUAGUGUGACACUAUGAUACAUGUGUGUUAUCACAGGGUGAUUUGAUACAGACAAAAUGUGAUAUCAUUGCCAUUUUGUUAUUAUAAUUAUUUAAUACAUUGUUUUUAUGUAGUUUAUAUACUGUAACAGGGUCCAUCUAGGGAAAAUCUAUUAAAAUAUUUUAAAGCUUCAAA